AUGCCCGGCACACCCGUCGACAUAACGCCGAACCAGAUCCUAACCGACGAUGGCUUCAACCACGGCCCGUUUGGCUUCCGUCCCGACCGUUGGCUUGAGGACGGUGCGCGCCUCGAGAAGUCCUUCGUCGCUUUUAGUGGAGGGACCCGCCUCUCCCGGAAAUGGGGUUGCGCUGCUGCGAGGGACGGGGCCGAGGGCGACGUCAGGACAGAAGAUGUGGGGACCAUAAAGAUCUACGAGACCUCGGUGUGCGACUGUGAAAUGGCGGCCGACUGUUUUAUUCCGAUUCCGUACAAGGGUCUAAGGUAA